GUCUCCAUCUGCCUCUGGAGGAAGUGAAAGCCCCGUGUAGCCAAGAGAGGAGCUCCCAGUUGCCCAGGCGUGCGCUCCCGAGUGGCCCGGCGCUCAUCAUGCGGCCCCUCCUCCUGCUAUGGGGCUGCCUCGUGCUCCCAGGUUACAGAUCGGUGGUGGUGGACCCGAAGGAGAUCAGUGGCUUUGAAGGUGACACUGUGUCCCUGCAAUGCACCUACGGGGAGGAGCUAAAGAAGUACCCGAAAUACUGGUGCCGUGAGGCCGGGAUCUUCAUCUCCCGCUGCACUGAGACUGUCUUCUCUGGAGGAUACGGCCAGGAAGGAAGGGUGUCGGUCCACGACAACCCACGGGAAAACAGGUUCACGGUUAUCCUGAGGAACCUCACCCUGAAGGACAUGGGGAAGUACUGGUGUGGGGUCAAAAAACUGGGCUUCGAUAAGACUAUGUCAGUCUCUCUGCUUGUCUUUCCAGCUUCUCCAUUUGCAAGGAUCUCUCCUCACCCAGCAACCUCUCCGUAUGCAGGGACCUCUCUCCACCCAGCAGCUUCUCCGUAUGCAAGGAUCUCUCCUCACCCAGCAACCUCUCCGUAUGCAGGAACCUCUCUUCACCCAGCAACCUCUCCGUAUGCAAGGACCUCGCCUCACCCAGCAACUUCUCCUCCUGCAGGGAUCUCCCAGCCGGUCACACAAUUGGACUCUACCUCAACAAAGGACACCAGUUUUGUCCCCAGCAGCAGCUCCAAGUCCAGGGUGUCCAUCCCACUGAUCCGGAUCUUGGCCCCGGUCCUGGUGCUGCUAGCCCUUCUGCUGGCCACAGGCUUGGCCGCCCUCGGCAGCUGCGUGUUUCAAUGGAGAGAAAAAGCUCAACUGGCCUCGGAGACACAGAAGAACGACAAGGUCCAUCUCUCCCACUUGACUUCAGAGGACGACAAAGCUUCUUGGCGGGACCCUGAGGGAGACAUGACCCGAGCCUCUACCCUCCCCAUAUCUGGGGACGAGCCAGGCUUUUCAAAGUUCAGCUCAGUCUAGCCACCGAACACCCUCCUUGAAUCUCUGGAAGAGCUGAACUUGCACUAACUCGGACAAGCUUUCUGCUAUGACUUCAGAAUCCUCCUGCCAGAGUCCAGAUCUCUCCCUCACCCUCCCCAAGCUUUCCUCCUGCCCAUCUCAGCUGACCCUGAAGGCUUCAUCAGCCCUGGAACCUGGUGCGGUGGCCUCACAGUUCCAGCUAGAGACUGGGACUUCCCCAAGAUGGUCACAUCCUUGGGCAAAGCACACAGCUACUGGACCUUCAAGGGGUCAGGCAGGGCUCAGGGGGUCUGGUCGAAGUUUGUAUCUGCUAUGGGGGGUCCCCUGGGCCUGGGUGCCCAGUCACAGGCCCCUCCUAACUCCCCUUCCAGACCCCACCUUCUCCGCCCUUCUUCCGUCCUCAGACUCAGGGCUGAGUUCUCCCACAUAAGCUGGUGAGGAGGAGGGAGCCUGCGGGGUUAGCCUGGAUCCUGGUUUCUCAAAGCCAGUUGUGAGCCACCUGCAUUCUAGUCCUUCAGGAAGCUGGUUAAAAAGAUGAUUCUGGGGCCCCAUCAAGAGCUGCCCAAACCACGAUUUCACUGGUGGUCCAGUAAUUAGGACUCCAUGCUUCCACUGCAAGGGGCCCUGGCAUGGUACAGCUGAAAAAAAGAAGGAAAUAAACUACCAAAACCAUCUCUGAGGCUGGGCCUGGGACUAUGCAUUUCUUCCAAGUGCACCGGUGAUUCUAACACUGGUGUUUGAGUACCAGUGGGCUGGUUGAGCUCUCAGGUCCCUCCAGCUUAGAGAGUCGACGCUUGGUGUGUGGAGUCUCCCCCUACCCCCUAUAGGGCCUGCUCUGCCCACCACACCAUGGCCCAGCUGGGGGCUUUCAUGGACCUGCCUGAGUCCAGGCUCAGGUCAAGUGCACAUCGGAAAGGCCGAGCCCAAGACCAGCCAGAGUGGUUGUCUAUCCGAUCUUGAGGUAGGAGAUAGAAGGGCUCCAGGCUAGGCAUUUACAACUGGCCUCCACCUAUUUAGAUUUUUGGGGGACGAGAAAAAAUGGGCUUCAGGCCGGACACUUUCAACUAGCCUCCUAUUUGCAUUUCCUGAGACAGGAGAGAGGUGGGCUCCAGGUUAGGCAUUUAUAGUUAGACUCCUGUUUACUCUCCGAAAUGGAAGUAACAAUAGAAACGGGGUAAAUAGCCAGGAUUUGUCUCAUGUGGACACUUCAAGAUAGCAGUCUUGGCAAGAACAAAGAGGGACUAAGCCUUGUUGGAGCAAAAGAUCAAGAGAUCCCAUAUUCCCCCUCCUUUAACCUCAGAUAUGCAGAUGACACCACCCUUAUGACAGAAAGCAAAGAACUAAACAGCCUCUUGAUGAAAGUGAAAGAGGAGAGUGAAAAAGCUGGCUUAAAACUCAACAUUCAGAAAACUAAGAUCAUGGCAUCCAGUCCUAUCACUUCAUGGAAAAUAUAUGGGGAAACAAUGGAAACAGUGACAGACUUUAUUUUGGGGGGCUCCAAAAUCACUGCAGAUGGUAACUGCAACCAUGAAAUUAAAAGAUGCUUGCUCCUUGGAAGAAAAGCUAUGACCAACCUAGACAGCAUGUUAAAAAGCAGAGACAUUACUUUGUCAACAAAGGUCCGUCUAGUCAAAGCUAUGGUUUUUCCAGUGGUCAUGUAUGGAUAUGAGAGUUGGACUGUAAAGAAAGCUGAGCACCGAAGAAUUGAUGCUUUUGAACUGUGAUGUUGGAGAAGACUCUUGAGAGUCCCUUGGACUGCAAAGAGAUCCAACCAGUCCAUCCUAAAGGAAAUCAGUCCUGAAUAUUCAUUGGAAGGACUGAUGCUGAAGCUGAAACUCCAAUACUUUGGCCACCUGAUGCAAAGAACUAACUCAUUGGAAAAGACCCUGAUGCUGGGCAAGAUUGAAGGCAGGAGCAGAAGGGGACAGACAGAGGAUGAGAUGGUUGGGUGGCGUCACCAACUUGAUGGACAUGAGUUUGAGCAAGCUCCGGGAGUUGGUGAUGGACAGGGAAGCCUGGCGUGCUGCAGUCCAUGGGGUCACGAAGAGUCGCUCAUGACUGAGCAACUGAACUGAAUCUGAAUCUGAAUGGGGCAAGGGAGGCAAAAGGAAGGGAGGUCACCCCAUAGGCCUCUGGGCUGGAAUCCAUCUUGGCUGAGGGGUGCAAGCUCACCUAGGGGAGGGUCCUGAGACAAAUUAGCCAGGGGGACAAAACAAGACAGUUGGCCAGAGGGAAGACAAAGACCUGGAUAACUGCCUCUUUAUAAAGGAUUUAAACUUCCCAAAGGCACGGCUCUCAAGACUCUCGGAGUUCACCCAUGCUUCUUUCUGCAUGUACUCUGCUCUUCCAAUAAACGUUUACUUUUCUCUUUA